CCACAUCCCGUUGCGUCCCGUUGGAAUCAAAGCAAAAGCAAAAGCACAAGCAAAAGCACCGUCGCCGCACCUGCUAACACCCACACCCCCGCCAUGAUCCUCCCGCGCAGAGCCUCUUCGCUGGCAACCGCAACCACGGCGGUGCUAGCGGCGAGCGCCAUUGGUUGUGCCGGUGCCUUCCGGACCGUCGGCACCAACAGCAACAGCAACACCAAAAGCAAAAGCAAAAGCAUCGGCUUUUCCUUUUCCCCCGGCGGGCUGCUCCUUCCCUACCACAUGGGCGUGGCGGACUGCCUCGUCUCCGAGAAGUACCUGGACCCGUCGGAAACCGUCGUGGCGGGUUCCUCGGCGGGUKCGAUCGCCAGCAUGGCCAUCGGCUGCGGCCUCGACCCGCGCCUGGGCCUGGAGGGAACGAUCGCCAUCUCGGACCGGUGCCUGGAGAAGGGGAUCCCCGCCCGGGGGAACCUGCUGCCCCUCCUGGGGGAGCAGAUGGAGCUCCUGGUGGGGGAAGAGGCCUUUUCGUUUCUGAAGGAGCGCCGGGGCGGAAGGGGGAGCAGGACCGGCGAAAAAACGGGCACCGGGGUGGUCCUGGCGCACAGGGAGGUCUUUCCAACCCAGGCCUCGCGCUUCGAGACCAGGUUCGAAACGAGGGAGGACCUCUUUCGGUCCGUGGGCCACAGCUGCAUGUUUCCGUUUUUCACGACCAACUUUCCCUGCCUGGUCGACUUUGGUGAAGGAAGAGGGCUCGGAAGAGGGCUCGGAAGAGGGCUCGGAAGAGGGCUCCCGCGGCUGGUCGUGGACGGAUAUUUCUCGGUCCCCCGGUCCCAGUUCGGUUGCCCCAUCCUCCAGGACGAAUUCCCGGACUCGGGCGUCGAUCGGACCGUGGCGAUUUCGUGCAUCCCGCAGGAACUCUUUGGAAUGGACGCGGUCUUUGGAGCCCAGGGCAAGGACAAGGACAAGGAUUCUUCCGGAUCUGCCAGCGGAGGCAGCAGCAGCAGCGGCAACAGCAACCACCGCCACAACAACCUGAUCUCCAUCAACGCCGCCGACGACGACACCGAGCCGCUGAGCACCUCCGACAUUUUUCGCAUCGCCACGCAGCCGACCUCGAGAAAGGAGCUGACGGACCUGUUCGAGCGGGGAUACCGCGACGCGGAACGAUGGUGCCGCCGGGAGGAGGAGAACGAUCAACAACAACAACAACAACAGCAGCAGCAGCAGCCGCCACGGGAGCAAGAACACCGCUGACGCGGUUGGCGAAGGGAACAACAGGAAGGCACCACCAAAUCGAAAAGGGAACCAACGGCAGGCAGGCAGGCAGGCAGUGCC